GGUACUCCUCUCUGGCAAUCUCUUUUGCAGGAAAGCGACAUGGCUACGUCAGGAGAUUCAGGCAGCGGGUUGGAGAGAGGUGCUGAGAGCGGCCAGGACUCCAUGGUGUCAGAGGAUGAGCGUCCUUCUACUUCGGGAGUCGUGGCGAUUCCAAACAGGACUGGUGUGAGAGAUGGGCCUAGAAGUGGGCCACUUCGUGCCUGGAUCGUUGGGCACUCGUUCGUACACUGGGCGGCUAUCCGAGCGGCAUCGCAACCUGGAGGGCAGCAGCUUGGGUUCUCAUUCUCCAGGGUGGUAGUUAGGUGGUUAGGGAGGAGAGGCCUUUGCUGGGCAGAUCUGCCUGGGUUACUGCAAUCCGCCAUGAGGCGGUGGGAGAAACCCCAUGUGCUGAUCAUCCACUUAGGUGGGAAUGAUCUCGGCUCAAUUCCCGGCCGGGACUUGAGCGCAGUGAUCCAAUCAGAUCUGCGCACCUUUAAAGCUUGGUUGCCUGGUGUGAGAAUGGGCUGGUCAAACAUUAUACCGAGGUUGACGUGGAGACACAUGGCCAAUCAUAGGGCAGCGUUCCAAGUUCGCAAGAAGCUCAAUAGAGAUGUUAGGAAGCUUAUGUGCGAGCUAGGUGGUUUUGUUGUGGAACACAAGUUCAUUACGGCCGCUGACCGUAGCCUGUACCGAGGCGACGGGGUCCAUCUUACGGACCAUGGCAUGGACCUGUUUAUUGAAGAUAUACGUCAGUCCCUACUCCUAUUUGUGUGAGUUGGGUGGCGGCGAGAGUGGCCCUUGAUAUUCGGGCGAUCUCGUGGCGGGUGGACAGUGUCCGGGGGCAGGAUGUGAUCGAGGUAGAGUGACGGCACUUCCGGCCAGGGAUGAAGUCCCCAGACGCGCGUCUGGGGUGUUCCCUGCCCGUGUGAUUACGAUGCCGAGAAUUCCCUGUUUUAUAGUAUUGAGCUACGCUCUGCUUCUUCUCCUGCGCCCUGGUACUGCCCAUCUUGUUAGCAUGGGUUACUACGUUUUAGCUAGUACCUGAUUGCCGCCCCCCUGGUCCAUGUUUAUUCAGACGGUCGUUAGUUCUUGUGUUGCCACAAUAAACGUGACCUGCGGGUUUUCUCUAACCAUAAAAAGUUGUUGUGUCGUUAUUUUGUGUGUUAUUUAUUUCUACGUUUAGAAACUAAGUUGAGUUUAUGUUAAACCAAGAAUGUAUAUAGUUAUAAGUUAUUCUUUCCACAGAGGAGGAUAUGGCAUUUAAUCCCUUAAGGAAAUGUAAGGCAAAUUGCCUGGAAUGCACAUAAGGGUUAAGGCCAAGACGGAGGAGGGGAGUGUUGUGUUGUGUGUGUGAAACAAUGUUGCAGAAAGAGAGGAGGGGUUCCAGCUUACCUUUUUAAGCCCAGUACAGGAAGCACAUGUCCUCUUUCUGCUGUUUUUCUCAAAGUUUUCCCCACCCUUCCCUCCCUUUGUUUAUUAUUUUGCAAUCAGUAGGGGGAUCCGUCCUUAUGGUGGUCCCCAGGGACUAGGGCUAUCCGAAGGCUUGAUGAGGGCUAG